AAGCGGAAAGCCUGCGCUUGUGGAUCCAGUGACCAACCAGCUAGUGGGCAACUGCCCAGUGCAUAAUCAAGCGUUAUGAAACGGUGGCACAUCAGCUGAGGCUUGCUUUGCAUGUGUGCCAUGAUAGGCAACAUGUUCGUCGAUCUGCGAAGCGGACUGCCUGUGUCCAGACGUCGCCAAGACUGCAGAAAAUUAAUCGAUAUUAGGAUGGGCGUCCAUGUUCCCCAGCAUGCGCGGCUUAGCGGUCUCAUCCACAGGCUACUUCACUCGAAGCGACAAGGAUCUGCAUGGUCAUUUAUAGAUUUCUUCUCCUGGUGGUGAUUAUCGGAUAAGAUUAUGUUUUCAAUCUCCGAGUCUAUGCCCUAUAUGAUUAUCUCGGCC